UAAUAAAACAUAUACAGCUAAUCUUUUUUGACAGAAGCGUACAGAAGAUAAAAAUGUUAUUUGUUAAUAAUUUUUUUGUAAAUAUUUGUUAAAUGAGCAAUUGUAGAAUGUGAUCAUUAUGGGAGGCUGCAUAGGAAUAACUAGAAGUGGUAGCGGGCCUAUAGAGGAGUCUUCAGCUACUGUGUCUCGGCCUAAUUCAGGCGGGCUGAGGAAGAAUCAGUCGUUGUGCCACGAGACCAUAAGAUGGAAAUCGGACGUGCCAUUGACAGAAGGACAGUUACGUAGCAAAAGAGAUGAGUUUUGGGACACAGCGCCGGCGUUCGAAGGACGCAAGGAGAUUUGGGACGCGCUCCGGGCGGCCGCCGUUGCUGCAGAGGCGAUGGACUUCCAGCUCGCACAGGCAAUACUUGACGGCGCCAGUGUUUCAGUGCCCAAUGGCUACCUCACUGAGUGCUAUGAUGAAUGGGGCACAAGAUAUCAGGUUCCAAUAUACUGUUUGUCGCCACCCAUUAAUAUGGUGAAGGAGGCAAGUGGCAGGGAUUCUCCAGCGGAGUGGUCAGAGCCAGUGGAGGGUGGUACGGAGGUGUCUCUACGUCUGCGGCUCUCCAACACUUGCAAGGACGUUGACCUGGCUGUCUACUCCCGACACACUAUAUCACAGUGCAAAAAUAAAUUACAUGCUCAAGAGAACAUCGAGCCGUGGCGGCAGCGCUGGUUCUACGGCGGCAAACUCCUCGGCGACCGCCUGCUGGUGGAAGAAGCAAAGAUCACGGCCGGGUACGUCGUGCAGGUCAUAGUCAGCACCGACCCGCAGCCGCCGAGCUAGUCGCACACACCUCUCACCCACACCUGCGUCUUUGUGGUACUUUGCAUUUAUUUUUAAAACUUUUUUAAAAAUGUUUUUGGGGCUUUAGCUAUGAAAUUGCCAACUUUUUCAUUAAUUAACCCAAUGGAAAUAGAAUAAUACAUUAAACAAUUCAAAAUAUAAUCACGUAGUUUAAAAUCGGAACUCUUAGCAAAAAGAAAAUGUUUUGAAAUAGUUUCGCCUGAGCGGCAAUUUCAUAGACAAAGUCCGUAUUAUUUGGAUGGCGACGAGCAGGCACAUCGCACGGUCGUACGAGGCGACAAUGUAUAGAAAAAGAAGAGAUUCUCUAUGUUUUACCUUAGUUUGUGAGCGUGACACCUGCGCUACUUAUAGUAUAUUCCUAUAUUAUUGGUGUUCGUCUAUUUAUUUUAAAGUUUGUAGUUUAGCCAGACAUGUAUGCGCUUUGUGUGUGAUGAAUCGUAGACAGCACAAGCGAUGGCGCCCUACGCUAUGUCUUAUAAUCUUGUAGGCUGAUAUAACAUUACACCUGCGUUCAAAUAACAACUUGACAAACGCAAAAUUAUUAACAUUGUGGUAACAUUCAUCAAGGUGACAUGGGUGUUUAAAUUUUACUGUAAUAAACACUUUAAUUUCUAAAGAUUUCGCUCAUAAACCUAGUAUAUUGGCAAGCCUCCAGGCCAUUAAAUCGCCCAGUGAAAACAAUUGAGCAAAAUAGCACAAAGACGCUUCAGUGAAGGUACAGAGCAACAUAAUCCACGUAAUAAAUUAAUUCUAAAGUAACGUAACACGUGUAGGUUAUACUUGUAACCGAUUUGUACGGCACUAGCCCGCAGUCUGUACAAUAAUGGAUAUUUAAAGCACUGAGAAAGGACCUGACAUCACUCCAACCACCAGUUACUUACUCUCCCAGUCCCAACAAAAAUAAAUAGGUCAUUUUUUAAGACAUGUAUCCAGAAAAGUAUGAAUGCAUUAUUGUACAGACUAGAGCCCAUAUAAAGUUCUAAAACAUGUAUAUUGUACGCUCGUCAUAGUACUGCGCGUAGAUCAUUUCUUGUAUAACGCUUCUAUUGGGUGUCGCCGCGAUACGUUCAACAUGUCGUCACUUUGACCGUACGUACAACAUGUAGUAUAUAAACGCAUUUGUUUGCUAUCCAGUAUACGACAAAUCCACUACAUAUUUAAUUUUCUCAACAUACUGCUACAUGUUGUACGAACGAUCUCCAAGACUUUAUAAUUUGUACAAGAUUCUUAUAGAAUUGUUUAUAUUUAUAUAAAAAGCCCCAAUUGUAGUGGUUUAUAUAUUAUAUUGUAUAUGUAUAUCGGAGUGAGAACAAUACGUUAAGGCUGUAUGAUGGUUGACGAUACGCUGACACGACCAGAUUUUUAUUAUAGCAAGUAUCAAGGGAAAUUAGAUAAUAGAGAAUAUUUUGUUUCUUUAAACUGCACAAGAUUACCAGUAAACAAUUAAUACAUAAGGUUCUGUGACUGAGAAGUUGCUGCAUAUAUUAUGUGCUGUACAAUAUUCAUGCUCACACAAUGCUUUAAAUUGGCGACCACGCAACAUCUCAUUUAUUUAUUGAGUAAAUAACAGUGACAUCCCACCUUACAGAGUUGGGUCGCGGCACUAAUAUAGCGUUACAUCAUAUACUACAUAUACUAUAUAUGUUAAAGUCACUCCGCAUGCAAAGAGAGUGAAACUUCGUGGGAUGUCCGGUCGACUUGUAUUUAUAAAUUUCUUUAUUUAUAUUUUAACAAAUAGAUUUUUUUUAUUUAGUAGGAAGCUAAUUUACCUGAUUUUAUUUUUCAUAUUUUUAUUUGUUAACUUUAUUUCGCCGUCCUUGUUUUUUUAGCAGAACCAAAUGCUAGCAAAGAUUUCCCAAGAUUUUAUUGAUAUAUAAAUUAUUGUUAGUGGCCCCAAAUUGAGUUGUCGACGUUAAGGAUAAACUUGACCAAUUAUAUGGAGUAGCUGUAGACUUGUGAGCAUAAAAUAUAUCAUAAUACAUAACGUCUGAACGCAAGUAUUAAAUCUGCCAUUACAUAAAGCGACUGCCAUCUAAUGUGAUGUAAAAGUUUCUUUAUAUACUUACUCAAUUAUUAUGAUAUUCUAACAUUGUUUAUUUUGAAUAUUUUAAUCGGAAUGCUAGAUGUUAAUUUUAAAUUCAAAUUGGUAUUGGUAUGCUUGAACUAACCGAGGUUGCAAGAGGCAAUAUUUUGUCUAUAAAUAAAAUAGCGGUAAGAUGGGGUGAAUAGGCACUGAAGAAAGGUGAAUAGAUAUACUAGAAUCAUUUUCAGAUGUCUAUUCAUCCUUCUCCUACUAGGCUAUUCUGCAACUUUCAAUUUGAAAGAUAGCAGUGAACUCGAUUGCGAUCCGCCAUGUUGUGAGAAUAAUCUCGACCAAUAACGAGCGAGAAUGCGGUCGAGCUCAAUUCGAAAAUUCAAAUUGACCGUUAUGGAAUAGCAUAGUUGUAAUUAAUCACCCCGUUUUACGUAUGUUAUGGUAGUUUCCAUGUUUUGUUUCUGCCUCUCAUAUCAGAUGCUGCCUCGGUACGUUGAAAUAAGUUCGCAAACAUUAGGUAUUUCUUAAAGUUGCUAUUCAAUAGUCUUCGGUACAUACGUACGUACUAAUGUAGCGUAUACCCGUAUUGUACUAUAUAAAUGUUAGAUUUUGCACACGAGUUAAUCAAGCAAAAUUAUAAUGUUGUUAGUGAUUCAAUAUUCUUAUUGAAAGAAAUUAUUAUUGUAAGUUUGGAAUUAAAUUAUAUUUUGUUGUGAUUGAAGGGAUUGGAAUGUGUAGGGAACUAAUUUUGUCUCACUUCUGUAUUCUGUGCGUUGUGAUUAUUUUCCUCGAGAUACAAGUAAGUUAUUCAGUUCGAUGUGCUGUCGUUGCAAAAUAAUCACAAUGUAAACGACACAAAACGUAUUUUAGAGUAAAAGUAAAAUCGGUUUUUAUGCUGUAAUAAAAAUAUUGAUAUUAAAUAGCCUUUAAAAGUAAUAGUUGAACUCAGAUUGAUAUUAUAGGAUAUUAAAUUAUGUACGUAUCACUGUGGUACAUAAACAAACAAAUAAUGUAGUGUGUAACCAAUGAAUAAUCUCAAUAUCUUGUGUUUCUAUACGAGUAUCGUUUCACUCCUGCUUUAUAAGCGCUGUACCUGUUUCACCUAAUGGCCUAAUGCCACUACACUGACAAUAUUCUUACACAUAUCGAUUCUACUGAUACUAAGCGAUUUCAUUUAUACCGAUAUCAUAUUCGUCCCCACACUAGUAUCGAUAUUGUAACUUGUAAGUAAUCGAUAAUCGGAUAUUGUUUUAAAUCGUAGUGAUACAGCCUCAGCAGCAUUUAUUUGUAAAUCGGAAUAGGUCGAUGUUAUUUUGUUUUUUUUUAUCGAAAUUAUGAAUAUAGGUUAUAGAUAUAUUGAUGUGUUGUCAGUUGCAAUUUACAACGGUUUGUUGAAGAAUCUGUGUAUUCAAAAUCACUGAUAAUAAGUAUCUGGUUUAUUUAAUUCCUGAACUAGGAGUAUAAAAUUAUUUUUUAUGUUUUCAAGUUAAUCCACCGUUUGAAUUGCAACUGCUCAAAAUGAAUGUUAUAUUUCUAAAUUGUAAUAAGAUGAUUAUAACAUUUUAGUACUAACUUAUUAGGUUAGUUUUAGUAUUUAUACAUAAUUAUUUAAUAGAUAAAUUGGGAAGAGGCUCGAGAUAUUAUUUAGUUGGACGAUGGUGACUCUGCAAAUAUACUGAGAAUUAAUCACCAGCUUGUUUGUAUCUCAUCCAGAAAUAAAGGAAAUCAGAAUUAACUGUUAACUUUGAUAUUAUGAAUGUUGCAGGGUCAUCAUUGUCGGCUCAUAUAUAUAUGAGCUAUCAUAUGAUAUUAUAUGUACCUACAUCUCCAGAUACGUUAUAGAAAUAUCUAACAAUACAUUCAUGUACUCGUGCACGCUAAACUCUACUCUAUGUGAAGGUAUUAAUGUCGACAAUACGUUGACUUGUUACGUGCGAUCUAAGGCUCGAACUGGAUCGAACUUGCACGGUCGAUCCCGACACAAGUCCGCCUAACCACUACUAUCCGAAACCUGUGUCACGCCUGUAGUUCACGCCUUAUCACGCAAGAGACUGAAAUUGCCAGUGAAAAAAAGUAUUUGUUAUCUGUGAACAAUUUCUCCUGUGUUACCAGCAUAUAUAAAUAAUAGUGUUGCCUCACUUAUAGAUUUUCAGUUAUAUUUAGGUUACAACAGUCGGCCAUAGCUAGAUGUACACAAUAGUCGUAUUACGGUCUAAACAAGUUUGAUUUCGGACUAAGGAAUUAUGUAUGGUGCUACCAUUUAGUUUUCAUUGAAGGACUUAUUUCGUAUUUCGCGUAUGUUACUGGAACGCUCAUGGCCAUGUGUUUAUGAUGUUAUUGUUACGGAAUAAGUUCGCCAUAAUAAUUUUCUCUCAACGUAAUGUUGUCUAACAGAUACGGGUAAUGUCCAAAAUUGUAAACUUUAUUCAAAUGUCAUACUCACAUCUUACAUGUUUCUCUUUAUUUACUAGCACUUACUUGUUAAGUCAUACAGUCAGCGCUACAUUUGUUAUUUUUGUUGUUGACUGUAGCUACUCCCUGAAAUGUACCUUAGCAAUAAAAUUUAUUUACGUAC